AUGUUUAUCAAGAGAGAAAAACGACCCUCCCCUUUUUCGUUGGAUAGGCUAGAUAUGCAUUCGUUGUCCUAUGGACCCAUCUUGAGCAUGGACAGUCAGAAGAGUAUUGCCGUGCCAGACCGCAAAAUGGACUCAAGCGGUGUCAGGGAGUGCCUGCGUAUGGAGACGAGCCAACCGUCUGCUAACCUUGCCCGAUCUCAACUCACGAAUCAGAGUACCGGUGACCGGGAAGCCGAUGAGGAGAAAACAGGUGCAAGGUCGUCUAGUACCUCUCCAGCAGCGGAGCCUGGAUUGUCAAGGGAGGCUCAGGACCUCGAGAAAGCGGAUGCUUCAGUGCCAAUAAACAUAAUUGUCCAUUUCAUCGCUUUCGAAUCGUUUAAAGGUUCAGACAUGGAGGACGAAAUCAUUAUUCGCCAAAUGCCAGUCCAGAACGACAGUAAAGGAAUUUUUCAUUUUUUGUGGGAAAGCAGUGGACAUCUUCUGUUCAGUCGCUACGAAAAACUGUCAAAGAUUGGCGAGGGUGCCUACGGCGUGGUCUUCCGCUGCUUGGAUCAGAAGACAGGCCAAAUGGUGGCAGUCAAACGUUUCACUGCGACAGAUGAUGACCCCUUGGUUAAGAAGAUCGCCUUCCGUGAAAUCAAAAUGCUGAAGAGACUGAAACAUCCAAAUCUUGUAAAUCUACUGGAGGUUUUCCGAAGGAAGAAGAAAUUGCACCUUGUUUUCCAAUACAUCGACUACAGCCUUCUGCAGGAACUGGACAAUCCAGUCGCGAAUACUAUGGACCGGGAUAAAGUUAUGAACAUCACAUGGCAAAUACUGCAGGGAAUAAACUUUUGUCAUCAGUCGAAUUGUAUUCAUAGGGACAUUAAACCGGAGAACAUACUAAUCAAUGCCCAGGGUGAAGUCAAGUUGUGCGAUUUCGGUUUUGCGCGAUUUCUAGCGGAUGCAGGUGACACCUACACAGAUUAUGUGGCCACAAGAUGGUACCGAGCCCCUGAACUGCUAGUUGGAGAUACACACUAUGGACCGCCUGUGGACGUUUGGGCUAUCGGCUGCGUUUUUGCUGAGAUGCUCACUAAAGUACCCUUGUGGCCGGGCCGGUCAGAUCUUGAUCAGCUCUACCUAAUUACCCGAAACUUAGGUAAAAUAUUAUUUAUGACUGCUUCAGAUGUCCUAAUUUUUUCUUUGUACCUUCGAGAGUACUCAGUGGAGCCUCUGGAGACGAAAUUCGAGGGUAUGCAUCCGAAAAUCACUCAGGUCGAAUUCAAUUUCCUCAAGGCCUGUAUAGUGAUGGAUCCUUCCCAACGAAGCAAAUGCUCAGAACUACUUCAGCACGCGUACUUUCAGAAACUGCGUGAUACGUUGAACUCUGGGGAUUCAGCCCCUUCCGAUUCUGCCACACAUUUAGAAGUUCAUGCAUCUGAGACAGAAAAGAACGAGACUGAAGCAGAACCGGAGGGGAAGGAAAAGGGUGGAUCAGAAGACAAUAAGGCUGUCCCCAUGACGACGGAAAAGCAAAUUAUACGACAGGAGGCAUCCCCUAAUCCCGUCGAAUAUUCCGGUGAACAUGACAGACAUUUGAUGCAGGAGGACUUCUGA